AUGAGUUUCUGGUGCAUCUACAAUCUGACCUUAUCUCUAAGUAUGGCUAUGACUCGUCCUGAUCAUGAGCUCAUUGCUCAGGUGACGUUAUUCUCACAAGGUUUCCGUACUGCAGAGUCCCUGGCCUCAAAGAUCGUGCCCUUCUUCAAAAUUUGGGAUAAACAGCUAUCACCUCAUCCCCACUAUGGCUUUGGUCUGCGUGCUUUGAAGGCAGUCCUCAUUAGUGCUGGCAUUCUGAAGUAG